AUGGACCCUGACAAUCAGCAGGCCUGCGAGCACGGUUUCGGUGGCAAACAUCAGGAUUUACCCGUCAAUGCUCCAAUACAGGCCCGUGAGUACAAUCUCGCUAGUCAAACGUAUGCAUAUGGGCUACCUCAGGAUGUACUCCUUCAUGCUCCAAUACCGCGUUAUCCUCCAUCAACUCUUUUCAUUAAUGUCGAGGAUCUGGAAUACUCUUCACCUGACCUACCCAUCCAACCAACUCUCGUUUUUUCAAACGAGUCGAGUGCAAUAGAGAAGUCUGGUCCUAACGAUAGCUCAAAUUUCUGGCGAGACAAUCUGUUUAACCCAGCGUUGUCCGUCGAAUCAACUCUAUCCAUUAACAUCGGAGAUCUGGAACACCCCUUACCUGACCUACCCACCCAACCCACUCUUGCUCUUUUCAACAAGUCGAAUGCAAUGGGAAUGUCUGGUACUCAUGACAGCACAACUUUCGGUCAAGACAAUCUGCCUAUCCCACCAUUGUCCGUGACUCCUUUCCUUAAUGUCGGAGAUCUAGUGGAACACCCCUUACCUGACCUAUCCAUCCAACCAACUAUCGCUCUUUCCAACGAGUCGAGUCCAGUAGAGAAGUCUGGUCCUAACAAUAGCUCAAAUUUCUGGCGAGACAAUCUGUUUAACCCAGCGUUGUCCGUCGAAUCAACUCUAUCCAUUAACAUCGGAGAUCUGGAACACCCCUUACCUGACCGACCCAUCCAAUCCACUCUCGCUCUUUUCAACGAGUCGAAUGCAAUGGGAAUGUCUGGUCCUCAUGACAGCACGACUUUCGGUCAAGACGAUCUGCCUAUCCCACCAUUGUCCGUGACUCCUUUCCUUAAUGUCGGAGAUCUAGUGGAACACCCCUUACCUGACCUAUCCAUCCAACCAACUAUCGCUCUUUCGAACGAGUCGAGUCCAGUAGAGAAGUCUGGUCCUAACGAUAACUCAAAUUUCUGGCAAGACAAUCUAUUUAACCCAGCACUUUCCAUUGAACCUCCGGUUUUUCAGGCGAUUACCCGUCAUGAGACAAACAGGCACUACCUCGAAUCUCUGGAACAGUACAUCGUGUUCCUCCAUGCGCAGAUGUCAUACAUCGGUGCUCAGCCUUUGCCAAUUGAUCGUUUUUCCACGAAUAUAGGGUUGCGCGCUCGUUCUAUCAGGACUUUGCUUGUGUACAUGGAGAAUGUGAUGGCUGAAGUCAGCAAACAAGUUCAAACUCAGGAGCAAAGGUUUCGUGCACUUCAGAAUCUAUUUUAA